AUGUCUUCAAGAAUCACCCAACUAGCACAAUCUGUCCUGGCCAACACCACCAAACUUGACCAACACCAGCAAAACAACAACCAUCCCUCGCCUUCAUUCGAUGCCACCGGCCCAAGAGAUUUUGGCAUCACCGAUGCAGACGUGGAGAAAUCGCGUCUGGAUGCUAUUGAAUCUGCGACCGAGCUGAUUGACUUGCUGCAGGGUCCAGUUGCACCGUUGCGUCCUUUUUACAACGGAGCCAGUCUACAAGCCAUCUCCCGCUGGUCCAUCGCAUCCAAAGUCCCCCGCGACGGCGACAUUUCCUAUACAGAACUCGCCAAACAAUGCGGUGGCAUUUCCGAACUCGACGUGCGCCGCAUCCUUCGUUACGCAAUGGUCUAUCACCGUCUCUUCUGCGAGCCCCGAAAGGGCUUCGUCGCACACUCUCUCGCCUCUCUCCAACUAUCCGAAGAACCUCACCUGGCAGGUCUCCUCUGGCUGAUGGGCGACUCCUCCUACGCCAGCUAUCCACACAUCGUCCCUGCAUUGGAGAACUUCAAAGAUCAAGAACCGCAUCACGCCCCGUGGUCGCUUGCCUUUCACUCCUCGAAAAGCAUGUACGACGCCAUGCAGGAUCAGCCUAUCCUGGCUUCGAAUUUCGCCAACGCUAUGGCUUCUUUCGCGUCCUUUCCUGACUCCACCAUCCAUCAGGCCUCCCAUGCUCUUCCCGGGAUGGAAAUCCUGCACUACUACCCCUGGUCAAACCUAUCAGGCUCACAAUCAGCCAUCCACAUAGUCGACAUUGGCGGAUCAACCGGCGACAAGACCCUCCCUCUCGUCGAGGCCCUCCCAAACCUUUCUCUCACCGUGCAGGACCUCCCACAGACCAUCGUGGGUGCCGAACAGUCCAUCCCAGAACACCUAAGACCAAGGGUAAACUUCAUGGCGUAUGAUUUCUUCACGCCCCAGACACGUAUCGCUGAUGCGUAUAUCCUCAAACACUGUCUACACAACUGGCCAGACCAUUACUGCGUGCGUAUCCUGCGCAAUCAAAUCCCGGUCCUUAGACCUGGUGCGCGGAUUAUCAUCAUCGACCACAUUCUCCCUGAGCCGGGGACUAUGGGCCUGCUAGUCGAAAAGAAGAUCCGAGCCUUAGACAUGCUAAUGCUAACAAACCACAACGCGCGCGAACGCGAACUCGAAGACUUCAAAACCCUCAUCAAACAAGCCGACUCACGCUUCCAAAUCGGCCACAUCCACCAGUCACAACCCAGCAGUGCCGACUUUCCAACCGGUGCUAUCGAAGUGAUCUGGCCAGGAAAUUAG